AUGAGUGCUUUUUGUCGUCGAUUUAUACCUGUGAAACCGGUUACUUCAUGGGGUGCAAACAAGGGUAAACUAAGGGAAUUGGGAUUACCUGGUGGUCAGGUUACUAAGAAGGAGAUAGAUAAUAAUAGGUUCACUAUGUUAACUUAUAAUAUUCUUUCACCCGCAUAUAUGUGGCCGCAGGUAUAUACUUACGUUCCAGAACAAUACAAAGAUUGGAGAUACAGACAUAAUUUAUUGGAGAGAGAAUUAUUUCAAACUUAUAAAUCUGAUAUUAUGUGCUUACAAGAGUUAACUAUCCGUGAUUAUAAUACUUUUUGGAAAAAUAAUUUUCUGGAGAAAUAUAAGAUGGGUUCGGAGUAUAUUUCAAAGACUGCUCCAAAUUAUUGGAAGGGUGAAAAGGAUGAAUUAGAUGGUGUUGGAAUCUUUUAUAAUUUGGAAAAAUUUGAAUUCAUUCAUUCUACUGGUAUUAAACUAAGUGAAUAUUUAAACAACUUUAAUAAACAUGAACUAGGAUUUCUAGCAAAGAAAAAAAUGGACUUAACGGAUGGUUCAGGGAAAGUUGUCGGUGCAAGUAAUUUAUUAGAUGUAUUGAAAUCAAAGAAUCAAGUAUGUCUCUUUGUUUCCUUAAGACAUAAACCCACUGGUACCGCCUUUGUUGUUAUUAAUACUCAUCUUUAUUGGAAAUACGAUGAUGUGAAGUUGUCUCAAUGUAUGGUCAUUAUGAGGGAAUUAGACAAAAUCAUAAACAAGAUUAAAGAAAACCACAAGAAAGAAGGUCGUCCAGAUCAACAGAUCAAGAUUCUCUUCACUGGAGAUUUGAACUCUACUGGUGAUUCAUUAGUGAUAAAUUUCUUAAAGGGUCAAAUACUUAACACGAACAGUCUUAAUAUGUUGAAUCCGAUGCGUACAAACUUGAAUCAUUGUGUUUACGAUGACAUAGUAAAAGAAAAUCUCUUUGAUUACACUUGUUACUCAGGCAAAUUAAAAGGUAUAUUUGAUUAUAUCUGGUAUCAUGAUACAGAUUUCCAAUUAACAAAGAUUCUAAGUGGGAAAGAAGUUACGGAAGAACUGGAGACUCAUCAUCAGCAUGGUCUACCUAACGAAACCCAUCCCAGUGACCACAUUCCACUAGUCGCAGAGUUCGAAUUACUAUGA